AUGACUAAACCAGCCCCCUCAUUAUCACGAUUUACUACCGAUCUACGAGUGGUCAACUUUGUGUUUUUCUUGGUCUGGUUUAUCGCCGUUCGAUAUUGUCAACAAACCACCUACUACGACCCGUCCUCAUAUUUCUUCCGCUCGGAUGCCGCGUACCAACCAUUCUACUCGGCUGUUAGAGAGCAGGAAGCCGACGAUUUCCUAGCUUCUCAGGGCGCACGACACAGCAGAUUAAUCAAAGCAACAGAAGGAAGCGCUCGCCGAGCCGCUCCAUACUGCAUCGGCAUCCCAACACUCCAGAGAGAGCGGGCCCAAUUCUUUCCGAGAGCGGCGGCGUCUCUUGUCGACUCAUUGACACCCGAGGAGCGAGAGCUGAUUCACAUCGUUGUUCUAUUGUCCGACGCCGAUGCGACAAAAAACUCUGCAUUUGGGCAAGACUGGCUUCACGCGAUCGCCGAUGCAGUCAUAGUUCAUGAAGAUACGCCAGAGAAGUUGGUCGCUGAAAAUGGCUAUCAGACGAUCCCACGACAUUCCGAAUCGGCGGCCAGAGACGAGCGAGUAAGACGAGACUAUUCAGUGCUAUCCGAGACAUGCCGCCGAAACGAGGCAGACUACUUUAUUCUUGUCGAAGACGAUGUCAUCGCCGCGAGAGAGUGGUUCAAGCGACUCGUAGUGGCAACACCCAAAGUGAACGAGCGCGCGGUUGCCAAAGGCCGAGAUUGGCUUUACAUUCGACUUUUUUAUACCGAAACCUACAUGGGAUGGAAUUCGGAGGAAUGGCCGAUGUAUAUUCGAAAUAUUGCGCUCAUAUAUAUGGCCGUGUUGGGAGUCAUGUUCGCAAUUCGCUAUCUUCACCAACUGGCUCCGCCCUCGCUCAAGGACCGAACGUUUAAAAACUCAAAGCUCUUGAUGGCAAAUGUACUGUUUAUAUGGGUACCUCUUUUCAUUGGGCUUGGAUUCAUGGCUGGUCGGUUAACAGUCAAUCCCAUUCCAUACGGCGUGCAAGAGAUGCCGCGAUACGGCUGUUGCAGCCAGGGCUUGGUUAUACCAAACCGACACCUUGUCUUGCUGCAAGAGAAGCUGCAGGCGUCCCCAUUUGACUUACCUGCCGACUCUACUAUCGAAAAGACGGCGGAUGACCUCCAGUUGGAUAAAUGGGCCGUUGUGCCUAGUGUUCUUCAGCAUAUUGGAGCGCGAGGAUCGUCGGCUAAAGGCGGCGCCCUCAAGACGACAUGGAAUUUCAGCUUUGAAAGAUUUUAUUCAGCAUAA